AAACAUAACCACAAUCUUCUCCAGAGAAGAAAAAAAGACUUCUUCAUUAUUUUUUUUUACCUUUUUCACAAAGUUCUCAAAGUUUUUCACGGGAAAAUCUUGCAAAUUCCCGACAAGGGGCCCUCCCACUGUGAUUUGCAUUGAAUGUCUUGAGUGUAUUUGUGCGAGAAAAGUGUUUUUGUGACAUUUUAAUUUUCUUUCUGGGGCGGAGUAGUGAAUUCAGACGGGUUUGGAGGGGUAGUUGGGGGCACCAGGGGUGGCCUUCUGCAUUCGACGGAAGUGUUUGUGUGGAUAAAAUGAUGGACCCUGAGUGCGACAGGGUGAGUGUAAAGUCCUCAGACUCCGUCACAACGUCCGGAGAGUACGAAAUUGUUCCGGAGGGGAUGCUGUCGCCACAGACGUCUGGCCAGGUGGCCUCCUCACCCACCCUCAACAUUGCCAACAAUGGCGAUAUGCAGGAUCUCGAGAAGAAUCUCACGGAAGUCAUUCAUGAACUUGAGGAGAAAAAGACGGAGCCAGAAGCUGUCCGGGGACCGCGACCCUCGACGUCAGCGGGUAGUGGGCCUGCUGCGACGCUGGGUUUGCCCUCUCCGGAGGUGAACAAAGUGGGCCAAUCGAUUUUCUACGACUGCCUCGAUUUGAGUCCAACGGCCGAGAAGCAGGACGACAUGAAGCCCGAGCAGAACGACACGGAAGAAGACAUGUCAGAAAUCGAUCAGGAUUGCACAAUCUUUUCGGGCGUCACGUAUUUGGGGGCAGCCAAUAUAAAUGCCCCCAAAUCCGAGACGGAGAUCCAUCGGAAUAUGUCAGAGUUGAACAACAUUUCCAAUGCUGUGGGCUUGAAGGUGUCCGUGAGUAUUCCAACGUGCUCUGAGGGUCUUGUUGUGCUGCACGAUGCUAGCACAAAUGCUCCUGUUGCCCACUACGAGGUCCACAGGAUCCUCUUUUACGCUCGUGGCCCUUCGGGGACACCCGAUCAGGCUUGUUUCGCCUUCACGUGGUCCCACGGGGAGUCUCAGGAGUCUGCUGUGUUCCAAUGCCACGUUUUCCGGUGCCACAUCCCCGAGGCCGUGAAUCAGGUCAGCUCGUGCUUUGCAAAGGCUUUCGAGCGGUUUCCAGCAAGUAUGUCGGGUAGUGUUACAUCUGCCGUAGACAGCAGCAUGAUGGUGGGAUCCGUUGUUAGUGAUCUGUCAGGCAAUGCCCUCAAUGCGGCGGAAUAUGAGUUCAUUGUGUCGCUGGAGAUUCGCGAGAAGAUGCCCAAGAACACGUACUGCGUCCCACGUGACAGGAAUGGCUUCAAGUUGCGCUGCAACACAGACAAAGAGGUCCAGAUCACCGUGAAGCAGACUCCGUCAGAUGUGCUGCCAUUGUUGACAAUUGAACGCUGCUUUGGGGUUCUCCUGACUCCAGGGAAGCUUCGUCUACCGGCUGAUAUGCAGCUUCUGGAUAUGGCAACAAUGGGCUAUGCAGCCGUUGAGGGAGCUGCCCCAACGGCUGUACCUCCACCGUAUCAAAUAACAGCCGAAUGGAAGGCAAGCGAUAAGGCGUUUGAGCAGUUGAAUCUCGAAUCACAGCGCAUGGAGAUCACCGUGGCGGUUGAUUUGGUCAUGAAGGGUAUCCAGGAACCCGUGAGGUUUGUCAUUGAGACACCCGUAAUCAUUCAGUCGCAGAAUGAGUUGAGAUUCAUUGAGAAUUGGCUCAAUAAGAAGUCAAGUCUCGUUCUUCGGUACUAUUUGCAGCUUAAGAAGAACGCUGAAGGAAACUGGGUGGUGGCCUCAAUUGAUCGUUCUGAGGAGAUUGUUGAAGCAAAUACUCAACCAUCAAUACUUCGCUUCAGUAUUAAUAAUCUCUCAAAGAUGGUUCGUUCCACGAGUGCGGUGUCUUUUGAGCAGGAAGACAGUCCAACGGACUACAGUUCAGAUGGGGACGAGCCACUCCUGAGUGGGACUGGGGAGGUGUCAAAGGAAUGUUCGAAGGAUAUUCUGGAUGAAUGGAAGCCAAUCUUGCAGGAGUAUGAGCGAACGGGACCGAGUAAACGUCCCAAAUUGCUGGCUCCACUCGUGCGGAUUGGCAUUCCGGAAGCUCUGCGUGGGAAGUUGUGGCAGAAGUUGGCCAAAGUGGAGAAUCACACGGAGCUGACGGAGAAGUAUCGUCUGCUGAUUACGAUGGAGACAAAGUGUGAAGCUGUAAUUCAGCGAGAUAUUCAUCGAACCUACCCGGCGCAUCGAUUCUUCCGGGAUUCCGGAGGUUUUGGUCAGGAUGCCCUGUACAAGGUGUCCAAAGCGUACGCUGUGUAUGACUCUGAAGUUGGCUACUGCCAAGGACUUAGCUACAUUGCUGCUAGCUUACUUCUGCAUAUGCCCGAAGAGGAGGCUUUCUGUGUCCUUGUGGCACUUAUGUACAACUACGGGCUACGUGAUCUGUAUAAGCAUGGCUUUGAAAGCCUCCGCCUGCGUCUGUAUCAACUGAAUCGACUCAUUGAGGAUCAACUUCCGCGUCUUCAUGAGCACUUUGCCCAAAUUGGCGUAGAGACUCACAUGUUUGCCAGUCAGUGGUUCCUCACACUCUUCACAGCUCGCUUUCCACUGUACUUUGUCUACCACAUUCUCGAUGUUUUCCUCUUGGACGGGAUGCCGAUUCUCUUUCAGGUCGCCAUGACGCUGCUCUCGGUGUACGAACAGGAACUCCGUCAGCUGGACUUUGAGGGAGUUCUCAAGUACAUUCGCGUCACGCUGCCGAAGAAGUGUCGUACGGAGAAUCAGGCGAAGAAACUCAUGAAGACAGCGUGUGAGCGCAAAGUGAAGCGUCUCAAGCACUACGAGGAGGAAUUUGCAGCGCAAAAGGAGCUGACGGAGCGUGAGGAACAGGAGACGCGUCAGUAUGAGAUGCGUUUCCACGAGGAGAGGAAGAAGCUCCAGAGUGAGAUUGUGCAGAUGCAGGAGAAGAUCAUGCAGCUGACGGAGCAGGCAAAAGUCAAUGCGGGCAUUGUGAUGGACUACAAGCAGAUCAUUCAGCGGCAGGAGCAGCAGAUUACGCGUCUGAGUGAUCGGCUCGAUGAUAUGACGCGGCAAAUGGCGGAUUGUGCGGUGUGCUCGGAGACACAGCCCAAUUCACCCAUAAGGAAGGUGCUCGGUGUGACGGGGAAGGCCCCAGAGAUGCCGCUGGGGCCACUGGAUCCACUCAAUGUGGCUCUCCAGAGGAUACGGGAGUUGGAAUUGGAGUUGGCUCAGGCAAAGCUGGCACAAGUUGAGGCAGAAUGCAAAAAUCAGGAUCUGAAGCACCAACUGAACACAACUGUAACAGAUAUUCAGACAAAUAGAAGCAACUGGCAUCCGUGGCUGUCGAAAACCCUCAAUUCCAUCCAAGAAAAGGUCACGACGCGCAACAAUUUGCCAACAUUUCAGUCCUACACUAGUCCAGCGGACGCAAUUCCCGCAGCAGCAGCAGCGGUGAAGACUCGCGAGGGGGCCCCAAAGAUGGUGAAGGUAGCCACAAAUCAGCAGCAGCGUAGUAGCUUGAGGAAGAGUAUUGACCUAUCGCCAAAGCAUCCAUCGACAGAUUCCGCAGACGCCACCCCCGUUGGUUGGGGUGAUGUGAAAUAGCAACAAGAUGAUCCAUCCCUGACGAGGAGUGUGUCAUUCUCGUGAUCUGGCGUCGUUGCAUCACACACACCAAGGAGCUACAAAAUCCCAUUUCGCCAGACCAAAGACGAGGAGAGAUUUUUCAAUGAUUUCUGCAGUAUUUCUUUAUUCUAAAAAAAAAAACAAAUUCAUUCGCUUUGUGAUGAAUUCCAAUUUUACUAAAAACUAAAAAAAAAAGGGAAUUCAUUGUCCACAUUUAUAUAGCUUUCAGUGGAGCUUCAGGGAAGGAGAUUUGUUUGUGAUAGCAAAGGGGGGAUACGCAGAGAAAGAGAGGAGGACAUGCGUUGAUUAGGCCACCAAGAGGAGAGGCAUUGAGGAUUUUUUUGUACCGCACCUGUAGUCACGUGCUAGUUGAAAGAAACAAAAAGUUAAAAAAAAAAAAACGUAGAUCUGUGCUUAGUGAUUUGCAUUUCAUGGAAUUUAUUCCACAUUUUUUCACACAAUUUUCCUACACACAGCAUAAAAUAAUAAAAUGAGAAAAAUAGCCAAAAACGUAAAAUGCAUUUACGUAAAAGGAGUUUAAUAUAAAAUAUAUACAUAUUAUAUUUAAAACAAGGAUAUUAUUCCAAUUUUUAUGCCAUAACUCUUACAUUUUAUUAGAAUUUAUCAUGAAAAAAAAACCCUAAAUAUAUACACUGAUGAAUUAAA